AUGGCUGCAUUACCGCUGUCUGCGAACGGCAGAGCAUGGACGGCGCUGUGGCAACAUCAGCGAGAUCAGCUCUGCAGUCUGCACGACCACCGCACGAGCGACCAGGCUUCGGCCGUAUGCGACGCUGCGGUUAAUCUCCGGCCCACAACCCCAAAAUUCGCCGGACUGCGUAGCGGAGAAAUGCACUCAACUGGCAUCCACGCGAGCCGCCACCGUCUGAUGGAUCUGCACCGCUUCGCUACAGCCUGCGCCCUCGAAAUCAUUCCGCGAACUAUCUACCAAGUUAUCCACGAUUUAUCCAGCCCAUUUCCCCCUCCCCCUCCUCCCUCGAUCGCGUCUCGCCCUGCUCGUCGUCCUGUUUCAGCCCCCCCGGCACAUUCGUUCUCCCCAGCAUGCAACUCAUCUGCGCCAGAGACCUCGGGCACCCUGCGUCACUUUCUUGGAUCUGUGGCUUCGCACACGGAAACAAUCCCUUCGGCCAUUCCUCCGAGUCGCGUCCACGCUCUCACACUUUGUGCGGCGGGACAUGGAACACGAGGCUACCAAUUAUCUGCAAUAGACACGUCGAAUCCUUUACCCCCGCCUGGCCUUGCCCGAAUCGUGAUAGUAGUGAAAGCGUCCGCAUUGCAUUACCAGGAACUCAGGUCGGAGGGCUCAGCUUCGAAGCCGUGGAUCCCGCCGGAUCACUCUCUUCUCGAAAGGGCUUGGACGCGGACGUUCUCGCAGCACCCUCGCAUGUCCGCUGGUCUCGAAAAAUUCAUUAAUUAUGCACGUCGCCCGACGGGGCGUCCGAACCCGUCCACGUCAUUUAUUCGCGGACGCGUCAAGGCCGGCGAACUUACACGUACAUACAUACAUAAGGGCCCCCACGCCGGCGCGUGCAGUCCAACCAGAGAAUCCGGCGCACCCCAACUCCUCGGCAAUAGCGUCCAUAUACACCGCGCCCGCGCUCUCGAGAAGUCGAGAAACCUGUCAAAGCAGUAUUCCAUCAUAUUCCCUCCAGAAAAGGCCAGCAGGCUGCAAAUGGGCGGGGGAUUUACGGUUGCAGAAUCACUGUCUGGGGCGCUGGUGGUUAUUGUGCUUGCGAUUGCUUGUUUCGUGCUGGGAUACCUGGCUGCGCAGUGUCAUCCGCGAUCACCGACCCUCGAUCUCUACGCCCUCUGCGAUCAGAUCCUAGUGCGCCCUCGCUCGGACUUCCAUUGGCUUCCCGGAUGCAGCUGCGCCUGCCUGCAGAACCAGCUGCACUCCCUUGCCGCCGGCCUUCUGAGUCUCGACGCCCUGUCCCUCGUUUCGCGCAGGCAUUUUCCGAAGCCCGUUCUCGGGAAUGGCACUAUGCGCGAAAGAAAGUUCGAAAGGACCCUUGGUCCAUACAGCGGAUCAUCGAUCGCGUCGGCGCGGGCCUCGAUCGGUCGGUCCGCGCGCUUGUAUGAGAGGAAUGGUGCCAAGUACAUCGUGGGCGACGGAGAGACAGACGGGCACGAGGAUUCGUAUUCAUAUUCAGAUGGGUUUGAGCCUGAAUGGAUCGUCGCUCAGGGAGGGAACGCCACAGGCAUGCAGCUGGGACGGGGUUGCCUGAUUGCGUGUCGUCCAUUGUGGCGUCCUAACCGCGAUGAAGAAGCUCCGCCCUGUGCGGAACUACCGGCAUUCAUAGUGUCGAGCUUCCUUCAAUCUGACUUAGAUUUCACUACGCCUGGCAUAAACAGCACGAAUAGCAUAUUUGAUUGCACCUUCCUAGUUUCGCGGCCAGCAUGGAUCUUAUUUGAUCGUGCUUGA